AAACAACAAAAGCCAUGGUCCAUGUAUCCCGCUCUCCACGAGAAUGUCUCCCUCCUCCUGGAAGAAUACAACCUCUGCUUUGACUUUUACAACAACGACACCGACAAAGAUGGCCAGCACGAGCCCCAAGUCUGGGACACCCACGUCAUGGGCCGAUUCAUCUGCCACAACCCGGCAUGCGCCGCGCACGGCUGGUCCAGCAAGAUGAUCGCCAUCACCAUCCGGCUAUACGGAGGACGCCCAAGGAAAACAAGAGGAACAGGGGCAGCACCAACAAGGAGCUACAACGCGCGCGUCUAUCACCAACGCUGCCAGGUGUGUCAUCAGCUCAGCCGGCCUCGAUUGGAUGACUCGUAUGCAGACCGGGUGGCGCAUCGUCUGAAGAUCUGGAGUGGAGUUGCUGUGCCUGAACAGUUGCAUCAUGGUCACAGUAAACGGCCACAUAAUGAGGCUUUAUGUGAGGGUUGUGCUGCAGGUCACUGUAGG